AUGUUUCAACUUUAGAGUCUUUAUGUUUAUUGUUUAUGUAUGUACAUUAGCAUAUAAUAUGUAUAUGUAUAUAUAUGCAUCAUGCUUUUUACAUGUACCCAUGAAAGCAAAGCUAAUAACAUGUGCAUGUGCAUGUGUUACCUUGUCUCCUUCAAGGCAUUUCAAUUGUUUUCCUUGAUUCCUGCUAUUAGUUUUAUACUUUUUUCUGAAAUUUAUAAAACCCCUUUUACUUUUUUAUUUGAUUCCUAAAAUAUUUUUGAAAAUAAGUUAUUUCAUGGUACAAAUUGUUACCAAUUUAGUCAUAUUCUCUUUUGAUUUUCUUGAAUUUUAUGGUCCUUUUAUCUCUCUUUUUGGAAUUUGGAUAAUGGAUUUUCAAGAUUGUUAAUUGAUUAAUUUAAUUUAUAAAUUAGAAUUGGUUAUAAUAUAUAGUUAGGUGCUUCAUGUCAUAGUUAUUGUCUUAUGACUAGGGGUGUUCUUCGGGUUUCGGGUUUUUUGUUAGGAAAAAGUGACCCGAUAACCAACCCAUUUAAAGUUCGGGUUGUUUGGGUAUAGGUUAUUCGGGUUCGGGUUAGUUCGGGUCAGGUUGUUUGGUUUUCGGGUUUAGAUGUAAAAUGAAAAAAAAAAAUGUUUUUUUAGAAAAAUAUCAUCACAUAUUCAAACAUCAUUUAACAAUAUGGUAUGAUAAUAUUCAAAAGUCUCAAAACUUAAUGUUUUAAAUACAAAACACUCCAAAUCAAAUCGCAUCUAUAAAAAAAAGACAACUAAUGUUCGGGUUUUUAUUCGGGUUUCAAGUUUCGGGUUAUUCGGGUCGGGUUGUUCGGGUUUUUGGUUGGGAAAAAGUGACCUGAUAACCGACCCAUUUAAGGUUCGGGUUGGUCGGGUUUGGGUUGUUCAGGUUCGGGUUUUUCGGUUAUUCUCUAAUUCGGGUUCGGGUGACUUCGAAUUCGGGUCGGUUUUCGGGUUCCGGAUAAAAAAGAACAUCCCUACUUAGGGAACCCGGGGCACUCCGUGAUAUUAUCACGGGAACAAAGUUUGACGCGUGAUGGCCGGCCGCCGGUACAUGCGAUUUGUAACAUUUGUUGAUAACUUGAUAUGGAGAAGAUUAUGAAGGUUGACAGUUAUUCUCCCACAUGUGUUCUUGAGGAUUAUUUAAGGAGUUUGGAAUCUGAAGAAGAUACAGUUUCAUCAAAAGAAAGCACAUCUGGAAGUGAUCAAGAUCAUCAAAAGGAUUCAAAGCCUUCAAAAUGGAUGGAUUUUGUUCAGUUGGUUAAAAGCAAGUCAAAGAAAUGUUUGCCAACAUUUCAUCCUAUAACUAGUGGCUUGCAGUUAUCAAGGCGGUUAAGUAGCAGUUUUAGAGAACAGUUUUCCAUGAUCCCACCAUCAUCUCCAAUGCCUGAUAUGAGUUAUUUCAAGCCUCAUUGGAAGAACUUUAGUUUUUCACAGUUGCAAUCUGCCACCAAUAACUUCUCAAAUGGAAACAUGAUUGGAAAAGGAGGUUAUGCUGAGGUAUACAAAGGAGUUUUGAAAAAUGGGCAGAUUGUUGCUGUUAAACAACUUACACGAGGCCCGAUCGAUGAAAGAACGGCGAGCUUUCUAUCCGAGCUUGGCGUUAUGGCUCAUAUCAACCAUCCAAACAUAGCGAAACUAAUUGGUUACGGUGUUGAAGGAGGAUUACAUCUUGUUCUUGAGUUAUCUCCCAAUGGUAGUUUAGCUUCAUGGCUUCAUGCAUUGAAGGAGAAAUUAGAUUGGGGUAUUAGGUAUAAAGUUGCUUUAGGGACAGCUGAAGGUUUGCUUUAUUUACAUGAUGGAUGUCAAAGAAGAAUCAUUCAUAGAGACAUCAAGGCUGCAAAUAUAUUGCUUACUAAGGAUUUUCAACCUCAAAUUUGCGAUUUCGGGCUAGCGAAAUGGUUACCAGAGCAUUGGACUCAUCAUACCGUUUCAAGAUUCGAAGGCACAUUCGGAUAUCUAGCUCCCGAGUACUUGAUGCACGGGAUUGUUGACGAAAAGACUGAUGUUUUCGCGUUUGGUGUACUUUUGUUGGAGCUUAUUAGCGGCCGUAGAGCUCUUGAUUAUUCCCAACAAAGUCUUGUUUUAUGGGCGAAACCGUUGCUGAGAAAGAACAAUGUUAGAGAGCUCGUUGAUCCUGCGAUCGUUGACAAGUGUAACACACGACAACUGCAUUUAACGGUUUUGGCUGCUUCUUUAUGCAUACAACAAUCAUCCAUUCGACGCCCUGAUAUGAACCAGGUUUUACAGAUCCUGAAAGGUGAGUAUGGUGGAUGGGAAUUUGCAAUGCAAAAUUGUAGACGUCGAUCGUCGUUGAAGAAACGUUACGAAGAACUUUUUAGCAUGGAAAACUACGGUAUGAUCGCGUCACAAAAAUAAAAUCAUAACGCUUUAUUAAGCUUAUGUUAUAUUAAAGAUGUAACUAGACAAGUUCCAAAGUAAUGUUGGUGAAAUGAAGUAUAAAUAUUGUAUUAUGUUCAUGUAAUCAUAUGUAUUACUUUUACUUUAAUUGUAAAUAUAUAGGUAUGUCUUUAGUUUCUUUUUGAA